AUGGCGUCGCUGAGCCCCGCGGGCGCGUCGCUCGCGGGCCCCCGCGCGUGGCGCAGACCCUCGGCGCGAGCCAGAGCAUUCGAUGGAUCGCCCGAUGACUCGGGACGCGGCCUCUCGCGCGCCAUCGGCGCCAGGAGCCUGGUCCAGCGCCACUCGCUCCGCCCGUUCACCAGGGGCGCCUCCCAAGGCGGAGACGCCCUCGGACGAGGCUUCGGGGCGCCCGCCCCGUCGCGGCGCGGCCUCCUCGUCCGCGCGCGCUACGGCAAAGGCGGGCGACAGGACGUCGACGCCAUCAUCAAGGAGCGCGACGACGCCAGGGCGCAGCUCUCCGUCGCGCAGCAGGCGCUCAAGACGGCCAACGACCGCCUCGGCGCCGUCGAAUCUGGCGACGGCGAUCGCGCGCGGCUGCAGCAGGAGCUGGACCGCGCCGUCGACCAGCUCCACGACGCGCAGAGGGACGCGGACGACGCGCGGCGGCAGGCGAGGGAGGCCGAGGAGCUCUUCGCCGCCGCCGCGGACGAACGCGCCGCCAAGGUCAAGGAGCUGGUCCAGGAGAUCGAUCACUGGCACGACGCCGCCGAGACAGCGCAGCGGAUGGAGGCGGAGGCGCGGUCGGAGCUCGAGGAGGCGCGGAACCGCGUCCGAGAGCUCGAAUCCAGGUCCGGGGACAUGGAGAGCCAACGGAAUCAGGCCGGGGAGCAGCAGGCGGAGAUGAGCCGUCGCGCGGAGGAUGCGGAGCGUCGACUCCGCGAGAGCGAGAAGCGAACCGAAGACGCGCUCCACUGGGUAGAGGAGAAGGAGCAGGAGGCUAACCGCCUUCGGGGCGAGCUCGAGGGCCUCAAGACGGCGCUCGAGGCGACGCGCAAGAGCGCGGGGUCCAAGGAGGGCGAGGUGGCCGAGCUGCGAAGGCAGGCUGACGAGGCCAAAGCCGCGGCGUUCAAAGCGGAGCAGUCGCUUCGCGACGCUGCCAAGCUCACCGGCGAAAUCUCCAAGUUUAAGCCCAAGAUUGAAAACCUCGAGGGCGAGCUCAACGCGACGCGGGGUAACCUCGAGGACCGAACCGCGGAGCUCCACGCCGCGCGCAAGGAGCUCGAGGAGCUCCGGGGCAGGGCCGAGCGCGCGGAGGAGAGCGCGAAGCGAGCGGAUGAAAAGCGGAAAAACGCGCGAAGGGAGAUGGAGGAGCGCAUCGGCCAGCUCGAGGAGGAGGUGUCGAAGAAGGAGUGGUACCUCGGGGAGACCCGCGCGGAGCUGGCGGACGCGCGCGGCGCGCUGGAGCGCUCGUCGGGUAUGUCCGACGAGGCGCGACGGACCCUCGAGGCUGCGCGCGAGGCGCAGGAGAAGUUCCGGCUGCAGGUGAAGGAGAAGGAUGAAGAGAUUCGACUGGUCCGAUCGCAACUCGCGGAGGCGCGCCUGGCGCUCGAAAGCGUCGCCGAGGGCGCCGACAUGGCGACCAACGAGGCGUCCGAGCAGCUGAGGGUGGCAGACGGGCGCAUACAGGAGGCGUGGGCCGCGAAGGAGCUCGUCGACGCCGAACUCGAGCGAAUCACGCGCGAGUUGGAAUCGGCUCGCGCCACAAUCGCAAACGACGACAGCGCGGGGAGGCUCCGCAUCGCCGCGGAACGGCUCGACGAGGCGUGGGCGGCAAAGGAGGAGAAGGACCGCGAGGUUGAGAACGUCCGCGCGGAGCUCACCGAGGCCAGGCGCCUCGCCGCGGAGGCUGAGAGGGCCGCCAGCCUGCGAGUGCACGAGGCUGAGCACAGAGCCGACACGCUCAAGCGCGCGUUUGAGUCUAAGGAGGCUGAGGUGUCGCGAAUGCGCGGUGAGAUGCUCGAGGCUCGCUCGGCGGCGCUCGAGGUGGCCGCCACCGGCGACGAGGCCCGCGAGAAGUUCCUUCGCGCCGAGGAGCGCGCCAAGGCUGCAGCGGAGGACGCGAAGGCUGCGGCGAUUAACGCGAGUGAAAAACUCGAAGCCGCCAAGCAAGCAGCCAAGGACGCCGCGUUCCCCGCGGAGAAGGUUCGCGACUGCAUGACGAAGCUCGUCGACGCGGAGGGCCAGAUCGGCGGCGCCGCGGCCGCCAAGGACGAGAAGUUCGAGGAGCUCAAGGCGGCUCGCGCGGAGCUGGCCAAGGCUCGAUCGAAGGUGACCGACGUCGCCAGGGAGGCCACCGCCCGUGUGGAGGAGGCCAACGACAAGCUUCGCGAGGCCGAGACCGCGCUCGCCGCGACCGAUAACCACCUCGGGCGCAUCGUCCGCGACCUCGGCAAGAUUGCCGACGAGAUCGAGCGCUGCAGGCGCAUGAAGGACACCGACACCGUGUACAGGUUGGAGGAGCACCAGGCGCAGGGUUUCCGAGCGAGGGACGAUAAGACGAGGGAGGUUGAGCGCCUAAAGACGGAGCUCGAGGUUACCCGGCGCGAGGCGUCCGACGUCUCCAACAAAGCCGCGCUGAAGGUUCGCGAGAGCGAACAGACCAUCGCGCAGGCCAAGUCGCUGGUUCACCAGCGCGAGAUGGAGAUGGGCGAGCGACGGGCGAGGCUCGAGGAGAUUCGCAGCGCCACGACGGCUAGCGCCGCCGCGUACGACAAGGCUGCGCAACAACAGCUGAAGGCUGAGGAAAAGUCCAAGGCCGUCUCCGCCAGCGCCCAGCGCGCGGCGGUGACCGCGGUGGAGAAGAUGCGCGUCGCGGCCGAGGCUGCGGCGGCUGCUUACGACGCCGCCGCGGAGCGCGAGCGGAUCCUUCGAGACGAGCUGGCAAAAUCCGGGGGCGACGUCGGCGGGCAGACGGACGUGGCGAGGAUGCGACAGCUGGCGAGCAUCAAGGAGAAGAUCACCUGGUCCAAACAGGCUGCGGACUACGCGCACGACAUGGAGGAGGCGCGAAAGGCGUCCGCGACAGCCGCGGAUAACGCGCAGCGCCGCCUGCGCGAGCUGGAGGAUCGCAUGGACGAGCUGAAGCGUUCGAUCAAGAUGAAAAUGGCCGAGGGGACCGUGCACGAGGAGCUCGAGCACGAGCGCGCGACGUCCCGCGACCUCCAGCGCCUGGAGGAGGAGCGUCGCGCGGCGUCCGUCGCCGCCGCUGAGGCUGGCGUGCAGCUCAGGCAGGCGCAGGACACCUCCCGGGAGAUGCAGGCGAAGAUUGCGAGACGCGAGCGGGAGCUCACCGACGCCAAGCGCGACAUCGACCGCGCGGUUCAGGAGGCUGAGGAGGCUCGAAAGGAGAACCAACGCGCGCUCGAGGCUGAGCGCAAGUUUGCCCGCGCGAAGUCUGAGCAGUCGUCCGCGUCCCUCGGCGGUCGCGGCGGCGGCGGCGGUGGCGACGACGAGGAGAUUGCGCAGAUGCGGCGGCAGCUGGAGGAGGGCGACAGGGAGCUCUCGUGGAUGCGCGGCCAGUUGGAGGAGGCCAAGCAUACCGUCAUGCGCGCCGCGGAGCUCGAGCAACAGCGUCGCAAGGCUGCCGACGAGUUCAAGCGCGAUCAACAGCAAGCGUCCGCCUUUGGCUACGGCCAGGGAAGCGGCCAGUCGCAGCAGCAGCAGCAGCAGCAGCAGCAGCAGCAGCAGCAGCAGCAGCCGGCCAGGCCGCUAGACUUUGGCGGCAGGCCCCCGCCAACGCGCGAGACGCUCAUGGAGCGCGAGAAGGAACUCUCACAGCUCAGGGCGGCGCUCGACGAGGCCGGCAACGAGGUGGUGGCCAAUCUUCGCAAGUACGACGAGAUGUACGCGCAGCUCGACGGGCUUUACGGAGCGGAGCGCGAGCAGCUCACCGAGCGGCUCUCCAAGGGUCACGAGUACAUCGAGGGUCUGAAGGCUGCCGCCGACGAGAAGAAGGCUGCGGUGGCCGACAUGGAGCGUCGGGUCGCCGCCAUCAAGGAUGCGCUCGCGCAGCUGUCCGCAACGCAGCAGGACUCCACGUACGGCCCGCAGUCGGGAGCGCCCGCGCCCUACGGCGGGUCCUCCUCCCACCACCAGCCGCCUCAGCAGCAGCAGCAGUCGUCGUCGUCUGGGGGCUCCGCCCGGUCGGGCGCGUCGGCUGAGGCGAUCCAGUACGCCCUCGAGGAGGCUGAGUUCGUCCUCCGCGAGGCGAAGCGCCGAGCCAACGACCUCGAGGCGUCCUUCCAGGACAAGGAGCGCGGUUUGACGCAGAUGCGACGGGACCUCGCCGAUCGCGAACAGCGCAAAUCUCUCUCGUCCUCCUCCUCGUACGAUUACGGGGGCUCGGGCGACGCGUACGGGUCCGGGGGUGGUGAUAUCGAAGAGCAGCGCAGGGCGGCGGCCAUGGCGGCCGUGGAGGCUUCCUACGCCGCACGCGCCGCGGAGGAACGCGCGAACAUGCUCCGCGGUUCGCUCGACGACAAGUCCGGCGAGCUCGAGUGGAUGCGGUCCGAGCACGCCAAGGUUGUCGCGCAAAUCGCCACCCUCGAAGCGUCGGCGAGCGCCGCCGCGGACACCCAGCGCAAGGUGGACGCCAAGGCCUCGUCCAUCGUGGAAGAGUCGCGGCGCGCGGAGGAGGCCCGUCGAGCCGCCGCCGCCGCGAGGGACCCGUACCCCGAUCGCAACGUCGACGCGCAGCGCGAGGCGGACCUCGCGGAGCAGCUCCGAGCGGCUCGAGUCGAAUUCGAUCAAAAAGCGUCCGAGGCUACGGAGGCGAAGCAGGAGGCGGUUCGCGCCGCCGCGGACAGGGACAGGCAGAUCGAGGAGGUGGAGUUCCUCGUCGCGGGGGUGCCGGUGCAGGAACGCGAGCGCAUCACCGAGGGAGACGCCGUGGACGCGCGGUACAGCGCGGAGGACACGGCGACGGCUUCGUACCGACUGAGACAGGUCCAGGACCGGUUCUUCCAGAUGGAGGCGCUGGAAGGGAACAAGGGGCGCGUGGCGUCGUCCACGCGCGAGGAGGUGGAGCAGGCGAGGCAAAAGGCGAUGACCAACGCGGCCGCCGCGGAGCAGGCGACGGAGAAGCUCAUGCGCGCAGAGAAGAUGCGCGAGGACGCCACGACAGCCGCUUCAGCCGCCGCCGUCAAGGCUCGCGCCGCCGAGGAGACGGCGGAGGACGCCGCGCAGAAGACGAAGGAGGCGGCCGCCGAGCGCGAGCGUAACCUGCGCGACGAGCUCGCGCAGGCGGCGGCGGCGGUCCGCGAUCGCAACGCGAGCAUCGAGAACCUCGAGGCGACCGUCACCGAGCUCGAGCGGCGCACCCGCGAGGCGACGUUCGAGGCGAAAAAAGCGGCGGCCAAGGCUGAGCAGGUUCGCUCCGACGCCGCAGCCGCCGCGGACGCCGCGGCGCACGAGGCUGCGAACACCGAGCGAAGGCUCGAGGGGGCUCUGAACCGCGCGGAACGCGAGCUCAAGGCUAUGGAGGAGGCCAUGCUCAAGGAGCUCACCAGCUCGGAGCUUCACCUCGCGGAGACGGAGGAGACGGCUUCGAGUUACUCGCAGUCGAUUAAGAAGUUGACGCACGAGCUGGAGAGCGAACGGCGGCGCGCGGACGACCUCGCCGACGAGUUGAAGCGGGCGAAGGCGCGCAUGGCCGCCGCGGAGGCUGCCGCCGCGACCCAGGGUGCCUACUACGGCGCGGGCGACGAGGAGGGCGACGAGGGCAAGUCCAAAUCCUUGCUCAGCGACGAGGAGGUUGAGGACCUUCGCACGCAGAUUGAGGAGCUCGAGCUGACCCUCGCGGAGGUGAUGAGCGAGGGCGUCAACUCGACCGUCGGCGACAGGGCCACGGGUAAGCUCAUGUCGCACAUCAAGGCGCUCCAGGAGAAGGUCCGCGAGGGCAGGGAGCUCAAGCUCCUGUCCGAGACGAUGCUCGCCGAGCAGGCGCGUCUGCGGGAGGAGGCGGAGGAGGCUAAGUUUUAUCGCGAUGAGGCGGCUAAGAGGUGGGAAGACGCGGAGGAUCUCGCGGGCCAGCUGCACCAGCAGCUGUCCCGCGCGGGGAUCGACCCGGGACGCGAGCUCAUGGAUCGCAUGCGGAACAGGCCGAAGGCGCUGACCGACGCGUCACCGAGCAGCAGCGCGAGAUCUCCGCAGCAGGUCAACGGCGCGGCUGUGCCUCCGGAGAUUGCGGAGAUUCAGCGAAAGCUGUUGGACACCGAGGAGGACGUGUCGCAGCUGAUGGCCGAGAUCAUGCAGGAGACCGUGGAGGUGGAGAUGGCGACGGCGAACGCGGAGCUGGCGUCGCUGAAGAACGAGAUCUUCUCGCUCAAGCAGCGUCUGGGCGAGGCGUGAGUGGCGUGCUGUUUGACUGGUUGGAGAGAAAAAUUAAUACCUUACUUAUUCAUUUGAGAU